AUGAGGAGUUUCGUUGCAGUUACCUUUGUAUUGCUUUCCAUUUUUCUUAUUCGUGGGACAUCUUCCUCUUAUCCAGUUGGUGAUAUUCGUAAUUGUCCAACUGAGCAGACAGUUAAUCCUGGAUCAUCUCCAUUGAAAAUGGAUGCAAUUCCUGAUCAUGGAUUUGAUAACCUUCGUAAUAUUGAACUGGGUCAGGUGUACAGUAAGAAUUACUCCAGUUGUCAAGUCUCUGAUGAUGGUCGUUACUUCCUGCCUGAUAAUUUCAAUUUGAUUCCUGUUCGUGAGAGUGAAAUUGAUACAUUUGCCGAGGUUUUUCAACAUUAUAGUGAACACACGUCUUCAUCAAGUGUCUCCAUUAAUGCUGAAGCUAGUGCAAGUUGCGUUUUUGCACAUGCUAGUGGCAAAUUUUCAGCAGAGUACCAAAAUACAAAAAAGAAAAUGGUCAGUACAAAAUUGAGUUCAGUUAGAUUUGGAGUCAGACACCAUCUCUUUUCAGUUCACGUUAAUCCUGUUAGUCAGUUGCAUCCUUCCUUUAAGUCGAGAUUAAUGGAUCUUGCUGCUCACAUCCAAAACAAUGACACUCAAAUGGCUCAUUAUCUCUCUGAUCUGAUAGUAAGGGAUUACGGGACUCAUGUUGUGACGAGUGUUGAAUUAGGUGGUACUCUUUAUCAGACCAGCUUUGUUGCAAAAGAGUCUAUAGUAGAAAGUGAUCAUAUGCAACUUUCUGUUGAUGUCGCUGAUUCGAUUAAAGUAGGAUUCAUAGCCACUUUGUCUUUAAGCUCUAAUUUUGGUUGGUCUAGAUCAACUUCUAGUGAUGGUGGCACUAAUGCUGCUAUACAUCAUACUCGUACAUCAACUCGUGGUGGUCCUCCUUUUAACAUUUAUGGUUUUAAUUACACCAAGUGGCAAGCCUAA